AGCCGCCACUGGGCUGCGAGCCUCCCCGGGAAGCCCCUCUCAGGGUUCUCUUUGAAGUGUAGCAGGGAGGCCACAGAGGGCAGAAGGAGAAGUCAGAGAGGCUCAGUCUCCCCAGGACCUGCAUACCUGGUGUCACCUGGCUGCAGCAGAGGCCCUUUGGCUCAGGACAACCUGCUGACGCCUGACAGUACCUUGUCUGCAGUACAGCUGGACCUGUCACUGGACACUGGUGAGGAAGAGGAGCCGCAGCAACCAUGGCCCUGCUUCCUAGGAUGGACAGCAGGCAGCGGCCUCUGCACUGGACAUGGCUUCUGCUGGCCAUGGCCCUUGCGGCUGGGGGCAUGGCAUCCAGCGGGGCCACGGACAACAGCCCCACUUCCAACAGCCUGGAGGGCUCGGAUGCCACCGCCUAUUGGUGGGGGGAGUGGACCAAGUGGACGGCCUGCUCCCGUAGCUGUGGGGCUGGGGUCACAUCUCAGGAACGUCACUGCCUGCAGCAGAGGAGGACUUCAGUCUCUGGGACAGGGAACAGGACCUGCGUGGGCACAUCCAAACGGUAUCAGCUAUGCAGCCUUCAGGAGUGUCCGGCCAACGGCAGGAGCUUCCGCGAGGAGCAGUGCAUCUCCUUCAACUCGCAUGUUUACAAUGGGCGCACGCAUCAGUGGAAGCCCCUCUACCCUGAUGACUACGUGCACAUCUCCAGCAAGCCAUGUGACCUGCACUGUACCACCCUGGACGGCCAGCGGCAGCUGAUGGUCCCGGCCCGUGAUGGGACGUCUUGCAAACUCACCGACCUGCGAGGGGUUUGCGUGUCUGGAAAAUGUGAGCCCAUCGGCUGUGACGGGGUGCUCUUCUCCACCCACACGCUGGACAAGUGUGGUGUCUGCCAGGGCGACGGGAGCAGCUGCACCCAUGUGACCGGCAAUUACCGGAAGGGCAAUGCCCACCUGGGCUACUCCUUGGUUACCCACAUCCCAGCCGGUGCCAGGGACAUCCAGAUCAUCGAGCGGAAGAAAUCCGCUGAUGUCCUGGCCUUGGCAGAUGAAGCUGGCUUCUACUUCUUCAACGGCAACUUCAAGGUGGACAGCCCCAAGAACUUCAACAUUGCCGGCACUGUGGUUAAGUACCGGCGGCCCAUGGAUGUCUAUGAAACUGGCAUCGAGUAUAUCGUAGCACAGGGACCCACCAACCAGGGCCUGAACGUCAUGGUGUGGAACCAGAAUGGCAAGAGCCCGUCCAUCACCUUUGAGUAUACACUGCUACAGCCACAGCAUGCACGCGGCCUCCCAUCCAUCUUCUACAGCUUUUCGGAAGGCACCUCUGACAGCGCCGAGAGCCAGGAGCUGCACGGGGCCGGCCUAGCCGCCUUCCUCCAGCACAACGGUUCCCUCUCCCUCUACAGCCAGGCCUCCUCUGAGACCCUGGGCCUGGACCAUCGGUUGCUGGGCCCCCGGGGCCCGGGGAGGGAGCUAGGGCUGAGGAAGGGCCAAGAGAUCAAUGAGCUGUGCCUGCAGACCAGUGGCAGGGCCUGCGAGGGGACCCCCCAGAACCAAGGUCUCCGAGACAACAACGUCACAGGGACAGCUCUCCCAGGGGACAAAGAUGAGCAGGAGGCCACUGCCCACCUCGCCUCCCAGGAGCUUCUGUCGGCCAAUGCCAUCUCAGACCAGCUGCGGGGCAUGGGGUCUGACUCCAGGGAGCUUACUCUCAACGACACCAGCAAUAGCAUCUUUGCUCAGGGUGCCCCGAGGAGCCCCCUCUCUGAGACUCUCUAUGUGGACUACGAGGAGAAUGAGGGGGCCGGUGGCUACCUGCUCAAUGGGUCUUAUUUGGAGCUGAGCAGUGACAGAGUGACCAACGCCUCAGCAGAGGCUCCAUUCCCCAACGCCAGCCUCCCAGCCUCCUCGGGGAACAGGACACACAAGGCCAGGACCCGACCCAAGGCGCGCAAGCAGGGCGUGAGUCCCGCUGACAUGUACCGGUGGAAGCUCUCCUCCCAUGAGCCCUGCAGUGCCACCUGCACCACAGGGGUCAUGUCGACCUACGCCAUGUGCAUCCGCUAUGAUGGCAUCGAGGUGGAUGACAGCUACUGUGAUGCCCUGACCCGUCCUGAGCCAGUCCAAGAGUUCUGCGCUGGGAGGGAGUGCCAGCCCAGGUGGGAGACUAGCAGUUGGAGCGAGUGCUCCCGCACCUGUGGGGAGGGCUACCAGCUCCGCAUCGUGCGCUGCUGGAAGAUGCUGUCGCCUGGCCUGGACAGCUCCGUGUACAGUGACUUGUGCGAGGCGGCCGAGGCUGUGCGGCCUGAGGAACGCAAGACGUGCCGGAACCCGGCCUGUGGGCCACAGUGGGAGAUGUCUGAGUGGUCAGAGUGCACAGCCAAGUGCGGGGAGCACAGCGUGGUUACCAGGGACAUCCGCUGCUCUGAGGAUGAGAAGCUGUGUGACCCCAACACCAGGCCCGUGGGGGAGAAGGACUGCACAGGCCCCCCCUGUGACCGCCAGUGGACUGUUUCUGACUGGGGGCCGUGCAGUGGAAGCUGCGGGCAGGGCCGCAUGAUCCGACAUGUGUACUGCAAGACCAGUGAUGGCCGCGUGGUGCCCGAGUCCCAGUGCCAGACAGAGACCAAGCCCCUGGCCAUUCAUCCCUGUGGAGACAAGAACUGCCCUGCCCACUGGCUGGCCCAAGACUGGGAGCGGUGUAAUACCACCUGUGGCCGUGGAGUAAAGAAGCGGUUGGUCCUGUGCAUGGAGUUGACCAAUGGGAAGCUGCAGACACGCAGUGACCCCGAGUGUGGGCUGGCCAGCAAGCCCCCCGAGGAAAGCACGUGCUUCGAGAGGCCUUGCUUCAAAUGGUACACCAGCCCUUGGUCCGAGUGCACCAAGACCUGCGGGGUGGGCGUGCGAAUGCGGGACGUGAAGUGCUACCAGGGCACCGACAUCGUGCGUGGCUGUGACCCACUGGUGAAGCCUGUCGGCAGGCAGGCCUGUGACCUGCAACCCUGCCCCACGGAGCCACCGGACGACAGCUGCCAGGACCAGCCGGGCACCAACUGCGCCCUGGCCAUCAAGGUGAACCUCUGCAGCCACUGGUACUACAGCAAGGCCUGCUGCCGCUCCUGCAGGCCCACCCACUCCUAGCCAGGCUGCCACCUCAGAGACCGAGCGCGGAGCCUGGGGAGGGCCACUGCAGGCGUCCCUGGGCAGGGGACCAUGAAGACGAAACAAGGAGGCUCAGCCCUCUCCCGGGCAGGAGAGCCCCAGAGCCUGCUGCCUCCCCAGAUAGAGCCGCCCCUCCAUGGGAAGCUGUUUCUAGAGCCACUCAGCCCGGGUGCUUAUGGGUCCUGGCCCCCAGCCCUGCCCCUGGGGUCAGGCAUGAGGUAUCCAGGACAGUCCUCUCUUCCCCUCAGAACUGUGGAGUCCUGGAGAAGGAGUGGGAAAAUGGGGAGGGGGGACAGGCACAGUCUAUACACAUCCUGGCCCCCUACGCAAAGCUCUUGUGCACACUUGGGACCCACACACUAUGCUGGAGGAGGGCCCUUCUCUCACACCUGGGGCCAUCCCGGAGUGCCAGUGCUCCUCUGUGUGGGUCAAUAAAAUGGUCGUAUUUAUGGCGGCAC